AUGGCCCUCCGAGCUUUCUUGGUGCUCCUGAGCUUCGCGGGUGCUGUUGGGGAGGACGUGGCCGGCGCUUUGGCGUCGGAUGACACGUGCGCUGCCGGGCAAGACUGCAGCCUCGAGCUCCACCAGCUGCGUGGCAUGAAGGUCAACUACCUGGAGGCUUUGGAGGAUGCCUCUGACGAUGAGGAAGAUGAGGAGGAAGCCGUGUACGUAGAAGAGGAGGCCGAGGUGGAGGGCGGCGGAUGCACCAAUCCCAAAGACAUGAAGGUGUGGAAGAAAGGUGGAAAGAAGACCUUCGAUGCGUCCCUGAACCACUGUGGCCGCUCCUGCGCCGCCGGCUUCCCAUGCACCAAGGACCGCCAGCCGCGACGGCUCUGUGGAAUUCAGGUAUUCAGAUGGUGUUCAGUUUCUGCAGCUGCCGGUUCAUGGGAUUCCGGGACUGAGGUUUCCAGUUGUUGUUUUGCUUUUUUUGGGUUGCCGGUCCGUGCAGGAUUGCAUGCAGAAGAAGGGCUACUCGAGCAACUGCGCGUCCUGCAUGGCCCAGUUGGUGGGCUGCUCGAGGGACCACUGCAUGAAUCAGUGCACCUUGGCUUUUGA